CCUUGGGGCCGGAAGUUGAAGUCAAAGUGGGACUUGGUGAACGCGUUACUCUGACAGCCAUGGUCUCCAUCCUGUCUCGUGGAUUUGGCCACCUUGUGAGGUCCUUGGCCGAGCUGAGCUUCACACCGAGAACAAGUUGCAACAACCUUCUCUGCGGAGUCUCAGCUGUACAGUGCUCAGCAACCAGGUGGUUUUCCAAAACCCAUAAAAGUGAUGACCAUCUAAAGCGACCCUUAACAGGAUACAUUCGUUAUUCCAUUCAGCAACAACCCCUACUAAGCAAAAAAUACCCAGGUGCAAAAAUUACGGAACUUGCAAAGAUGAUAGCUCAGGAAUGGAGAGGACUUCCUGCUUCCGUCAAAGAACCCUAUCUGGAAGCUGCGAAAUCUGACCUGAAAAUAUACGUAGCUGACGUGAAAAAAUAUAAAGCAACGUUGUCUCCAGUGGAAUUACAAGCAUUGAGAGAAGAAAGGAAACACAAGCGAAGCAAAAGAAUUGCCAUACGCAAAAAAAGGGAGUUGUCAUCACUGGGAAAACCAAAGAGACCACGCUCUGCAUUUAACAUCUUCAUGUCUGAACACUUUCACGAAGCUAAAGGGGCCUCAGUACCGUCAAAGUUGAAGAAUGUGCGUGAAGACUGGAGAUGUCUGAAUGAUUCACAAAAGCAGGCAUAUAUUCAGCUAGCAGAAGAUGACAAGAUUCGAUAUGAAAAUGAGAUGAAGUCUUGGGAGGACCAGAUGAUUGAGAUUGGACGUGAAGAUCUUGUUCGACGUAAGAAGAAACUGCAGUUGGCAAAAUUGAAAGCAGAAUCUAAAAUGCAAAACUUUAAAGGGACACUGAAACAUACGGACAAGUCUAACAAAUUCAAAGAAGGGAAGAACGCAAGUAGUAUCACGAUAGAGAAUGAGGAAUAAGAAAUUACUUAAUCACUCUUUGUAUGGCCUCUUAAUGUUGAACACAAGAAGUAUGAGAUGCUCAGUGUACAACAGAAUCUGGUUAUGCCAAAUGUAAGACAGAAUGUCUGUUCACAACACCAACGGCAUAGUCCUGCAAGCAUUUCUUCUGUGACAUAUUUUUGUCAGAAAGCACUGGUUUGAGUGAAUUAUGAAGGUAAAUUUUACUGUAAAGAUCUUGUUUUUUCAUAUUACAUGUUUCAGUAAAACCAUUUCACCAUGAAUAAUUAAUAGAACUCCCUCCAUUUUGAUUACAAUGCUUUUUAUAUAA